AGGUAUGUUACACUGGUAUUCGUAUUGUUGGUUCGAGCAUUCGUUAUGUGUUUGGCUGUUACGAAGAACGUAUUUGUCUUGCAAUGAUGGAGAACGACAACAAGAACUCCACGAUUCAUCGACCUGGAAGAGUCAUUUAUGGUGAUCGGGGUACUACUAUAUGUGAUGGUUGCUGUAAGGGAUAUAGAUGCAACGCAGAAGACUGUUUCAUAAUCAAAAAGAAUUAUGAAGAAGGUCACACAAGAUGAGCGGAGGAACACUCAACCGGAAGAAAGAACCCUUAUCUGAACCUCACAGGCACAUAGGUGCUCAAGACCUUUUAAAACAGAAAGACAGUGUGUGUCACAGCGGCUUUUUGCGCAGCCGAGGGAAGUUGGAGAGAAUUGUUGGAUCAAAUGCGUUAUUUAAAACCAUAUUUUCAGAACUUGCCAAAUGGCGUCAGCGGUUUGUGAUUAUUGGACGAGGGUGCCUUUACGUUUACAAAGACGAGCAUGGGAGGGCUCCACUGCAUUCUGUGUCCCUCAAAGGGUAUAGCAGAGUGGAGAGGCCAUCGCCAGCAAUGGGGAUAGAGGUGGACACACGAAGGUGUUUUCAGGUGGUGCCUUCAGAAGAGACAAUGAAAACUUUUAUCUUUGGUUGUGCAAAAGAUGGUGAGAGGAAGGAGUGGAUGCAGCACAUCCGAGAAGAAAUGCUUUUGGCUAAUUCUGUGACGGACGAUGGCAAAGAAAUAUCAGGAACUGAAUCCGAUGAAUAUGUUUACUUGGAAAGACCAGUCAUUGAAAAGAUAAUCCAAGGAAAAUCUCCCACGAGACCUAAUGUCCCAAAGAGAAAACCUCCUAGCACACCCAAAGAAAAUGAUGACGACACGGACUCGGAUUCUGAUUACGAUAAGAUUGCCGAGGACGAAAUGAAGAAGAUCCGGGGAAAACCUUUACCAGCAAUCCCGCCAGAGGAAGUUGUGAAAAGGCCAAAUAAGCCAAAGAAAUUGAAACCAACAAAGAGCUCUGAAGAUGAAUAUGUUUUUAAUGAUUCCGACAGGGAAAAGGCUAUAGAAAUUUUAUCCAAUCGAGGCAGUGGAACAUUCUUAGUGCGGAAAUCCAGAGCAGGUGAUCAACAAGUGUUAUCUGUCAAAACAGACGAAGGAAUGAAAGAGUACAAAAUUUAUUCAAAGAAUGACGGGCUUACUAUCGAUCAUAGAACGUAUUUUCAAACAGUAGAAAACCUUAUUGAUAACUACAAACGAGUGACUCUCCCAAAUCGAACAACGACUCUGUCACGGGGAUUUAGUGUCAGCGGCGAAGAUUAAUGCUUUGUCGAUAUUGAAUUUCUGACAUAUUUUCUAUUCAUCAAUAAAAAUCUGUGUUAU